CGACCAGAGGCAGACGACAACAGCAGCAGCAGCAGCAGCAUGAAGCUCACGCCGGAGCUCAUCACUCGCAGCGGCUCGACGAUCUCGACGCUGAGAGAUAGAGAGCUGGAUCUUCGAGGCCACAAGAUCCCUGCCAUUGAGAACCUCGGUGUGACCCAGGACCAAAACGACUGCCUGGACUUGACCGACAACGACAUCCGGGCGCUGACCAACUUUCCCGUGCUCAAGCGGCUACACACACUCAUCGCAUCCAACAACCUCGUCUCGCGCAUCGACCACCGGCUUGCAAACUCGCUACCGAGGCUCACGACGCUCGUGCUCACAAACAAUGCCCUCGCGGAUCUCUCUGCGUUGGACCCGCUCGGCCGGUUCCCGUUGCUCGAAUUUCUGACGCUGCAGGGGAAUCCAGUCGCGAGGAAGAAGCACUACAGGGAGUACGUCGUCUGGAAGUGCAAAAAGGUCAGGGUGCUCGAUUUCCAAAGGGUGAAGCAAAAGGAGCGAGAGUUGGCAAAGCAAUUGAUGGAGACCGCGGACGGGCGGCCAUCAGCGCUUGCGGCUUCUUUGUCAGCAGCAGGCCAGGCGCCAAAGGAUGCAGCAGCAGCAGGGAAGGGAGCAACGAAUGGCGUGGGGGCCACCACCAAGACGUUCGAAGUAGGCGCUGGUCUCGUCAACGGAGGUGGGCCAAAGGCAGGAGCAAAAUUGACAGCGGCGGAGCGCAAGGCGCUGGAAGAAGCGAUAGAGAGGAGCACAAGCCUGGAAGAGAUCAAAAAGCUCGAGGAUCGGCUCCGUUUGGGCUAUAGCAUUGCGGCUGCGGAUGGCAUGGAAGAGUAGGGAGCGAUGGACUACCUGACUCCCGUUGAUGAGGAUGGUAGAAAAGUAAACCCUUUGUACUAGUAAUAAUGUCAAGUAAACAAAACGACGAUGCAAAUAUGCAAGCAAUCAACCACCG